AUGGGCGCCGGGGCUGGGCGGGGGGCGGCGUCCGCGCCGCUGCUGCUGGCGGUGGCCGCGCUGCUGCUGGGUGCCACGGGCCACCUGUACCCCGGAGAAGUGUGCCCUGGCAUGGAUAUCCGGAACAACCUCACGAGGUUGCAUGAGCUGGCCAACUGCUCGGUCAUUGAAGGACAUUUGCAGAUACUGUUGAUGUUCAAAACGAGGCCCGAGGAUUUCCGAGACCUCAGUUUCCCCAAACUCAUCAUGAUCACUGAUUACUUGCUGCUCUUCCGGGUCUAUGGGCUGGAGAGCCUGAAGGACCUGUUCCCCAACCUCACGGUCAUCCGGGGCUCGCGUCUCUUCUUCAACUAUGCGCUGGUCAUCUUCGAGAUGGUUCACCUGAAGGAGCUUGGCCUCUACAGCUUGAUGAACAUUACCCGGGGCUCCGUCCGCAUUGAGAAGAACAAUGAGCUCUGCUACCUGGCCACCAUUGACUGGUCGCGCAUCCUGGAUUCUGUGGAGGAUAAUUACAUUGUGCUGAACAAAGACGACAACGAGGAGUGUGGGGACAUUUGUCCAGGCACCGCAAAGGGCAAGACCAGCUGCCCCGCCACUGUCAUCAACGGGCAGUUUGUCGAGCGGUGUUGGACACACAGCCACUGCCAGAAAGUUUGUCCCACCAUCUGCAAGUCACACGGCUGUACCGCCGAGGGUCUCUGCUGCCACAGCCAGUGUUUAGGCAAUUGCUCCGAGCCUGACGACCCCACCAAGUGCGUGGCCUGUCGCAACUUCUACCUGGAUGGCAGGUGCGUGGAGACCUGCCCGCCCCCGUACUACCACUUCCAAGACUGGCGCUGCGUGAACUUCAGCUUCUGCCAGGACCUGCACAACAGAUGCAAGAACUCCCGGAGACAGGGCUGCCACCAGUAUGCCAUUCACAAUAGCAAGUGUAUCCCUGAGUGCCCCUCUGGCUACACGAUGAAUUCCAGCAACCUGAUGUGCACUCCAUGCCUGGGCCCCUGUCCCAAGGUCUGCCACAUCCUGGAGGGCGAGAAAACCAUUGACUCGGUGACGUCUGCCCAGGAGCUUCGAGGCUGCACUGUUGUCAACGGAAGCCUCAUCAUCAACAUCCGAGGGGGCAACAACCUGGCAGCUGAGCUGGAGGCCAACCUAGGACUCAUUGAAGAAAUUUCCGGGUAUCUGAAAAUCCGGAGAUCCUACGCUCUUGUGUCACUUUCUUUUUUCCGGAAGUUACGGCUGAUUCGAGGAGAGACCUUGGAAAUCGGGAACUACUCUUUCUACGCCUUGGACAACCAGAACCUAAGGCAGCUCUGGGACUGGAGCAAACACAACCUCACCAUCACUCAGGGGAAACUCUUCUUCCACUACAAUCCCAAACUCUGCUUGUCAGAAAUUCACAAGAUGGAGGAAGUUUCAGGAACCAAGGGGCGCCAGGAGAGGAACGACAUUGCCCUGAAGACCAAUGGGGACCAGGCGUCUUGUGAAAAUGAACUCCUUAAAUUUUCUUACAUUCGGACAUCGUAUGACAAGAUCUUGCUGAAAUGGGAGCCGUACUGGCCCCCUGACUUCCGAGACCUCCUGGGGUUCAUGCUUUUCUACAAAGAGGCCCCUUACCAGAAUGUGACCGAGUUCGACGGGCAGGAUGCGUGUGGUUCCAACAGCUGGACGGUGGUGGACAUCGACCCACCUCUGCGGUCCAACGACCCCAAGUCGCAGAACCACCCAGGGUGGCUGAUGCGGGGUCUCAAGCCCUGGACCCAGUAUGCCAUCUUUGUCAAGACCUUGGUCACCUUUUCUGAUGAACGCCGCACGUAUGGGGCCAAGAGUGAUAUCAUCUAUGUACAGACGGAUGCCACUAACCCUUCCGUCCCCCUGGAUCCAAUCUCCGUUUCUAACUCCUCGUCCCAGAUUAUUCUGAAGUGGAAGCCUCCCUCUGAUCCCAAUGGCAACAUCACACACUACCUGGUUUUCUGGGAGAGGCAGGUGGAAGACAGUGAGCUGUAUGAGCUGGAUUACUGCCUCAAAGGGUUGAAACUGCCGUCCCGGACCUGGUCUCCGCCGUUCGAGGCCGAGGGCUCCCAGAAGCACAACCAGAGUGAAUACGAGGAGUCUGCCGGCGAAUGUUGCUCCUGCCCCAAGACGGACUCUCAGAUCCUCAAGGAGCUGGAGGAGUCCUCUUUUAGGAAGACCUUUGAGGAUUACCUGCACAAUGUGGUGUUCGUCCCCAGGCCAUCGCGGAAACGCCGGGCCCUCGGGGACGUUGCCAAUGUGACGGCAGCCGCGCCCACGGUUCCAGGUUUCCCCAACACCUCGACCAGCGCGCCCACGAGCCCGGAGGAGCACAAGCCCUUCGAGAAAGUGGUGAACAAAGAAUCCCUGGUCAUCUCUGGGCUGCGCCACUUCACUGGCUACCGCAUCGAGCUGCAGGCUUGCAACCAAGACUCCCCCGAAGAGAGGUGCAGCGUGGCGGCCUACGUCAGCGCCAGGACCAUGCCCGAAGCCAAGGCAGAUGACAUUGUUGGCCCCGUGACCCACGAAAUCUUCGAGAACAAUGUCGUUCACUUGAUGUGGCAGGAGCCAAAGGAACCCAACGGUCUGAUCGUGCUGUAUGAAGUGAGUUACCGACGCUAUGGUGAUGAGGAGCUGCACCUCUGUGUCUCCCGCAGACACUUUGCUCUGGAGCGGGGCUGCAGGCUGCGCGGGCUGCCGCCAGGGAAUUACAGUGUGCGAGUCCGGGCCACCUCCCUGGCAGGCAACGGCUCAUGGACAGAAGCUACCUAUUUCUACGUGACAGACUAUUUAGAUGUCCCGUCGAAUAUUGCAAAAAUCAUCAUCGGCCCCCUCAUCUUUGUCUUUCUCUUCAGUGUUGUGAUUGGAAGUAUUUACCUGUUCCUGAGAAAGAGGCAGCCGGAUGGGCCACUGGGACCGCUGUAUGCGUCUUCAAACCCCGAGUACCUCAGUGCCAGUGAUGUCUUUCCAUGUUCUGUGUAUGUGCCGGAUGAGUGGGAGGUGCCUCGGGAGAAGAUCACGCUCCUGCGUGAGCUGGGGCAGGGCUCCUUCGGCAUGGUGUACGAAGGCAACGCCAGGGACAUCGUCAAGGGCGAGGCGGAGACCCGCGUGGCGGUGAAGACAGUCAACGAGUCGGCCAGUCUGCGGGAGAGGAUCGAGUUUCUCAACGAGGCCUCAGUCAUGAAGGGCUUCACCUGUCAUCACGUGGUCCGCCUCCUGGGGGUGGUGUCCAAAGGCCAGCCAACGCUGGUGGUGAUGGAGCUGAUGGCUCACGGUGACCUGAAGAGCUACCUCCGCUCCCUGCGGCCGGAGGCUGAGAAUAACCCCGGCCGCCCUCCCCCUACCCUGCAAGAGAUGAUUCAGAUGGCGGCAGAGAUCGCCGACGGGAUGGCCUACCUGAAUGCCAAGAAGUUUGUGCACCGGGAUCUCGCAGCCCGAAACUGCAUGGUCGCCCACGAUUUCACUGUCAAAAUUGGAGACUUUGGGAUGACCAGAGACAUCUAUGAAACGGAUUACUACCGGAAAGGAGGCAAGGGUCUGCUCCCCGUGCGGUGGAUGGCACCGGAAUCCCUGAAGGACGGGGUCUUUACCACUUCUUCUGACAUGUGGUCCUUCGGCGUGGUCCUUUGGGAAAUCACCAGCUUGGCAGAACAGCCUUACCAAGGUCUGUCUAAUGAACAGGUGUUGAAAUUUGUCAUGGAUGGAGGGUAUCUGGAUCAACCCGACAAUUGUCCAGAGAGAGUCACCGACCUGAUGCGUAUGUGCUGGCAGUUCAAUCCCAAGAUGCGGCCCACCUUCCUAGAGAUCGUCGAACUGCUCAAGGAUGACCUGCACCCCAGCUUUCCAGAAGUUUCCUUCUUCCACAGCGAGGAGAACAAGGCGCCUGAGAGCGAGGAGCUGGAGAUGGAGUUCGAGGACAUGGAGAGUGUCCCCCUGGAUCGGGCCUCACACUCUCAGAGGGAGGAGGCCGGGGGCCGGGAUGGAGGGUCCUCGCUGGGCCUAAAACGGAACUACGAGGAGCACAUCCCCUACACCCACAUGAACGGGGGCAAGAAAAACGGACGGAUUCUGACUCUGCCGAGGUCAAAUCCUUCCUAACAGCGCCUGUUCUGGGGAGGGGUUCCCAUCUUCACUUUCCUCUGGUUUGAAGGCCUCCAGAAAACUCAGGAUUCUGCUAUGAAUCUGCCACAGUGUCAAACGGAGCUCAGAGAUCAUUACUAUCCAUUGAUGUUCAUCUAUGACUUAAAAACACGUGUAUCUGAUUGCCAAUUUGACGAGCUGUCAGAGAAUUGAACUGUGACCCUAGAGGAGAAGGGGUUUCCUCAGCUGCUGUCCUUGUAGGCAACUGCGGUUUUAAGCCAGGAUGUUACUGUUUUGUUUUUUUUUUUUUUCCAGUAGAUUGAGAGCAAGCACCUGUUUUUACAGAUCUUCUUUUUUUUUCUUCCUGGUGUCUGAGCUACAGUAUAAAGCAUAAAACUUGUUUGUGGAACAAAAGUUUGAAAGAAAGAAAAAAACAAAACAAAAACAAAAACACAACCCUGUUCCAGUAGAAUUUCAGGCUUUCCGGAGUGGGCUUCAGGAAGGUUUUUUUUCUCAUCCAGGCUGAAGGAUUUUUUUUUUUCUUCACAAAAUCAGUUCCUCAAAUUGACCAAUAGCUGCUGCUUUUAUACUUUUGAUAAGGAUCUGCAGUCUCAGCGUGUGGCUCACGUGUGUCCGCGUGUGUGUGUGUGUGUGUGUGUGUGUGUGUGUGUGUAUGUCCAGGGUAGACAGGGCUGGUCAGUUUGUGUGUGUGCGUGCGCGCGCAAAGCGUUCGUGCCGAGUUGACGCUUUGGGGGUCGGCUCAUGAAGGUUCUGCUCUUCCUGAGCUCCUGAUCCUUCCAUCUCCUUCCUUCUUAUUUACUGGGAGACUGUGCCCUCCACGGAUUCUUCUGCCCCAAGCCUAGUCUCAGGAGUCUUUUCUCCCUUAACUUUGGUGAAAAAUGUUUUCCAGGAGCCAAGGGAGUAGUUUGGAGUGAUAGUGGAUCUUUUCAAGACCAAACAAAGCUAGGACAGAAAAAAGAUAAAAAGAAGAAGAAGAAGAAAAAAAAAGAACUGAGAUGAUUAAGAGUUUUGAGAAUAUAUUUGUGACAUAUUUAAUUUUUUUAAAACUCUCCAACGUCAGCCUCAUAAGUUAUUAAUUGUUUCCCGGGGUUGGGGGAGGGCUUGUGGGUUGGUCUGCCUGUGUGCAGAGGGGGAGUGAGGCACCAGUCGCUGAUUUGUUUGGUCUUAAAGGCAUCCACUUUUCUGGGAAUAAAGCCACAUUAGCUGCUGACCCUUUUGGACAUGAUGAGGCCACGCUGAGGGUGUGGGCAAUUGGGUUUGGUGGAUGGUUUGGUUUCUGCUUGGGGAAGCUGAUAGCCACCUGGAGCUGAGUCCCACCUUCAGACACACUUGUGGCUCUUGGAUCUGUUGGUUACUUGUGUGUACCUCGCACACUUCCUCAAUUGGGUGUGCACAUACCACAACAGAAUCAGACCCCAAAGGGCGACAGCCCAGAUGGACUUUGAGAACACUAAGCAAUAUGAAGCGAGAUGCACCUGUCGGUCCCUUCCACCCUCAGGGCAUCCAACUGUCCUCAGAGUUGACCUCCCAGAAGCUGCUCUGUGCCCAGUGACCUCAGCUGGGCCAGGUGUGGGGCCUGAGCAGAACUCUCAGGUGCUUAUGAUGUUGCAGUCCCCAAGAAAGUAGAGUCUGGAGGAGAAACCGCUAAGGACCUUCACGCCACCAAGAACUUCUGAAUGGGCGUGAAUCCAGUUUCUUCCCUUUGGGGAAAAAAAUCACAGCUGCUCAAAUAAAGAACAUGGUGAACUCAUUACUUCAGUUCAUCAAAAUCAUCACCCACAGGUUAUCCCUGAGAGCAUUUUCUCAUGAGUUUUUGAUUGCUUCCUUCUCCUCUUAAAAGUUGUGGGCUUAAGAACAGGAUAGAGAUAAUGGCGACCUCUGAACCUUCUCAAUUCUUGGUUAAGAACACAGGUAGACACAAAUCCCAAUUGCCUAUUACUAUCUUAUUUAUAUGAUUUGAGAAAUUACAGCACAUGAAAUAUUUCUGGGGAGCCUCAAUGAUUGGGUACAAGGAACAAGCGUACAGAAAUUAUUUUCACCAAAUUUAUUUUGUACAUAUAAGAGGGUCUGUACGUAAAUUAAGAACACAUAGAUCUAGGUAUUUUGUUCUUUUCAUAGUAAAUUUGUAGUGGCCAUAUACGACACUAGCAACAAUUUUCACAUUUUUCUAAUUCAGAAAGGUUUUCUUAUAUUAGGGGAAAAUUAUUUAUUUUAAUAUAUAAAAAUCACUGUAAAAAUCACUUUCAUAAAAAAUGGAGUGCAUGUAAAUUUUUAUCAAAGAAAAAUAAACAGGUGAAUGUGGGGUAAUGAUUUUUUUUUUUCCAGCACAGUCUACCUCAGUGUAUCAUUAGGAUGUGGUUCAAUAAUGGACAUCUUUGAGACUUCAGAAUUCUGCCUGGAUCCAAUCUGAAUCAGGGAAAAUCUGUAUCAGCUGAUUCCAAAUGCCAGGGACCAGUAAGAAUUUUGAGGGAGGGAGUUGGGAUAAAGUGUGGCUUUCGUGUGAGCAUGGAUCCUUUUUCUGGCUGAUAAUCUUCUCUGAAUUCAAUCCCCCUCCACUUUGUUUUGAUCCUCCAUCCAUUGCCACCAUGCUCCCAGACAUGAACUAAAUUUCAGGCCGUCGUGAUGUAUCUGAUGUGUGGAGUGCCCAGGCCUGAGCUACCUUCUUUUGGUGGGGAGAGGCUACUCCCUCUCCUGCUGGGGGCAAAGAGAGGCUUUAGUGCAAAGCCAGCAUCCCCGCUGUCCCACUGCAGCCCCCUGAAGUGAGCAUCGAGGUGCCUUGGCUCUCCAUGGCCUGUUCCCUACUCCUUUUAAGCCCAGAUGCUUUUUGGGAGUGAAACGAAUUGCACUUGUGGGCACCUCACAUGCAAACACCCGAUGUAGCAUUUCUAUUCUCCAAGUGGAAAGGGGGACUGUUGAAAAAUUCCAAUCCAAAACACACCAGCAUGCUGAGUGUAUUUUUUAGCAACAAAACCUUGGACCCCUGUGUCUGGUUGACCUCAGACCGAUAACUGUUUGAACUUGUGGGGCUUUGAGAACCCAUUUGUAAGUCUGGGAAGGGCCAGCAGGGCUGUUGUCAUACUCACCAAACCUCACUGCCCUUAUACUUUUAGACACUGCCCCUGCGGGCUCAUCUUUCUGUGCUUACCCUGGAGAGGUACAGUGGAGUGCUGGGCCCACCUGCACAAAUGGGGUUUCACCUAUUGACUUCAGUUGUCUCUGCUACUGUGGUAAGAAGAGCAAGCAGCUGUUGGGUCACAAGCCUUUUUCAUCACAUAAAGUUGACUAUAGCAACUUUGGUCCUAGAAAGUCAUGGUUGCCCUGGGGAGGGGGUUUAUAGUGAUGGGCUAUACUGGGGGGCUUGUAGUGAUGGGCUAUAAAAAAAGCAACAAAGCCAGCUUAGGUUGACACUUUUAGUUGUUUGCUUUUAAAGAUGUCUCAUUAUUAUUAAAACCCUUUUCAUUAAUGUGGCCUAAUCCACAUAGUAGUUUCUUCUUCCGGGAGGGGAAUAGCGAGCACAUUACUUUCUCCCAGGACCAGUGAUGUCAAACACACUUCUGGAAAUGUCUGUAUUCUGGGAGCUAUCCUUGGUGCUUUCCUGUUAUUUCAAGCUAGUAGGGAGAGAUGCUGCUGGUUCUCUUGGAGAGAUGUUGAACACAACAGAGAAAGUGUGGGAAUUGCUGCAAGUGUCUGCACAUACAAUCCUGUGACUGUUGGAGACUGCUGCCAAUUGAUGGACAAAUCUUCCAAAAUCUCCCACCAGAGCAGACAAUCUGCCAUAAAAUGUGCUUGUUGGGUUGGGAGGUGUUCAUUUGUAGCUGUCAAAACAGUGGGCAGUGAGCAGCAUUGCCAUCAGAGCAUGGCCCAUGCUAGUCAUCUGGGUAGGUGAUGGAUGUGUUGUAGUCCCAGGGACAGUCAUUUUUCUACUUCAUGGCGACUGGAAGUUUGGUGUUCAAUGUCUUCUGGAUACCACUUGGCGAGUCCUUGACACCUCAGGCUCUUCAGAAAUUAUGGUUUUGUUGGGGGUAGGGAACAGGGAAAUGCUGAUUGUAUAUAAAUGGUGCACAUAGAAUGGUGUCCCUUCAGAAAGCCUUCCAGAAUGUUCUUUAGAAUAUUGAUUUCGAUGGAAAGAACAAAUGCUGAUUUGUUCGUGUGUUUGAAAGAAUGUGAUGGACUUUCAGGGGCUACAACUGAAGGUGAAUGUUUCCUUGGGGGGGUCCCCCAGAAGCAGAGGGAAACAUUGACUUUUUGAGCUCAUGGUCGCCUAUACCAGUCAGGGCCAGAACCAACCUCCAGCUAAAUUCUUAUUUGGAUAUGGGCCCUAAAAGUCCUUGUUAAAAACCAGAUCACGAAUCUGAGGCUCUUGGUCCCCUUGGGAAGGAAGGAACAACUUCCAAGAUGAGUGUGUUUCUAUGCACACAUUCAGGAAUGACUUGUUUAGUCUUUCUACUUUGUGUGCCUGGGGGCGGUCUCGGCCCUGCCUGUCAGCAGCAGAAACUUCCCAUCUGCUUUCAGCAGGCACAGGAUCAAAUGGGCCUCGGCUUAUGUAGAAAACAACUCAGAAACACAAAACCCACCAAAAGCUCAAUUAUUUUUUCAAUGUUUUCCUACAAGAGCCAAGUAGUGCCAUGUACAGAAUAUGCCUUUUUUUUUGAAUAUUGAAAUUGCUCUGCAUGUAAAAUAUGGGAUAAUUACCUGUUUAUAUGAAAAUUCUGAAUAAAUUAUCUGAGAAUA